CUCUAAAACACAUUCAUUACCGAUGAUGAUGCUAAAUCAUAACUUGAUACAAUUUCUACUCACCCACUAUAACCAAAUCCCAUUAGCAAUUCGCCACCUCUCUCUCUCUUGCUUCUCCAUAUAUCUUUUCUUGCAAUCUAAGCCUUGGAAGCUGUAACAAUAUAUAGUCCAAAACCCAGAACAAAACUCUGUAACCAGCUCUGAUCGUAUCACACCCUCAAACCCGCGAAUAAAAUGAGCUCAGUUUGCAUAUCAAACUGUGUCAAUGAUACACGUGACCCUCGGGUGCCUGUCCGUGCCAAUUAUGUGAACCUCUACAAGUGGUCAGAAUCUGAUGCUGAGCUCAUAAAAUCUGUCCGCCGUGUAGCUGGCCAUGGGUUGCAUGGCCACCCAAGAGUGGUGGACAGUAUAUCCUGCAGGCAGAUGUAUCUGAGGAGCUACACGUUUUCUAGAAAAGAAAGUAUGCCAGAGAAGACCAAGAAGUGCUUUGGUAGAGUGAAAGAGAAGGUCGCAAAUCAUGGAAAGAAGAGAAAAGAUCAGAUUAAGGGUGGUCGUAAGAGGAAGUGUUCGGUGUUUAGGAAAGCCAAGGAAGUAUCUUGCAGUGCCUUGUUUAGGAUCUUUCACAGGUUGCUGUCUUGUACUGCUACAGUAGAUGUUGUGGAUCAAAAAGAUUAAUUAAGGUCCAUGACCAAUAAUAAUUAAGCUGAUGGAAUCGCUCACUUUCGUCUGUUAUCCUUUUUCUUUUUAUUUAUGUUUAAGUUGAUAUGAAGUUUGCUCUACUGUACUGCUAUGAAUUUGCUGAAGGGAUAUCGAGUGGGAAAUUAAAUGUGGCAGAAAUCAUGGGUUGUAUAUGUGCUUAUGUUGGUUAGAAACAAUAUUUGUCUAGCUUUUCAGUAAUGGUAAUGAGAAAUCAUGAUGUCAUUUUGCA